AUGUUGGCAGCAAGACCAUGGACGAGCCUGUGCUUGCUUGCAGGCAGCUGGACGGGUGCUUGGGCGCGGUCCGGGGGAUUGAGCGAGGACCCUGAUAUCAAGGCCAUCUCGCUGCGAACACACAGUCUCGAGCCCCCGUACCUCGACUCGGACAUGCAGAGCCGCUGGUGGGAUUUUGGCGGAGACACGAUUAUUCGGACUGAUAAGUACAUUCGACUGGCUUCAGACAAGCCCUCGCGCGACGGCUGGCUGUUUUCGCGCGUGCCUCUGACAGCGACCAACUGGGAGAUCACAUUCGAGUUCAAGAUCCACGGCCAAGGCAACCUCUACGGCGAUGGCUUCGCCAUGUGGCUCACCAAGCAGCGCGCGCAGCCAGGAAACGUCUUCGGCCACACCGACAAGUUUGAGGGCCUCGGCCUCUUCUUCGACACAUACAAGAACAACCGCCCCGGCACCGUGUUUCCCUACAUCAUGGCCAUGAACGGAGAUGGAAACACGCCCUACGACAAGGACAACGACGGCAAGGCCAACGAGGUCGCUGGAUGCUCUGCCCGUGGCAUUCGCAAUGCCCAGAUCGCCACCAAAGCUCGUCUCACGUAUUUCCAAGAACAAUUCCUCCGCCUCGAGCUCCAGUACAAGUCAGAGGGCGAAUGGACCCAAUGCUUCGAGAUCCCCAACUUCAAGGUUCCGCCCGUCGCCUACUUGGGUUUCUCCGCCGAAACCGGCGAACUGUCCGACAACCACGACAUCGUUUCAGUCAAGUCGCAAAAUCUCUACAAAAAGACCCCUGGGUCGGCUUCCUCGUCAGGAAGCUCAGGGGGCAAGACUGCCUCGUCUAUGACGCGCGAAAAGAGCAGCAGCGGUGGAAGCUGGACUUGGUUCCUCGUCAAGUUUGUGCUAUUUGGCCUAGCCCUGACCGGUGCCUAUGUCGGCUUUACCGUUUACAGGACCAAGCAAAGAGACCGUUUUUAG